AGAUAAAAUACGACCUAAGGCACCAGUGGUUGGAAAAAUUACUGCUAUUAUUGGGCCCAUAGUAGAUGUGAUUUUUGAAGAUAACGUUCCAGAAGUUAUGAAUGCAAUGAUUGUACCAGAUUAUCCAGGCGGAAAACUGGUUUUGGAGGUAUUUCAUCAUCUUGGUGGCGGUGUCGUGCGUUCCGUGGCAAUGGACAGUACGGAAGGACUGCGUCGUGGCCAAAAGGUACUUGAUACUGGUUAUCCAAUCAGAGUGCCCGUGGGAAAACAAUGCUUGGGUCGCAUCAUGAAUGUUGUUGGCGAUCCAGUUGAUGAGCGUGGUCCAAUUCAGUCUAAUUUCAAUUCAUUCAUACAUGCAGACCCCCCGGAGAUGGUAGAUUUAACCGUGAGCCCAACAUUACUAGAAACCGGCAUAAAGGUCAUUGAUCUGUUGACUCCAUAUGUAAAGGGUGGGAAAAUUGGCCUUUUCGGAGGUGCCGGUGUAGUAUUUGUUGGCGCUGGUGAGCGUACUCGAGAAGGUAAUGAUCUCUAUAUGGAAAUGAUUGAGUCCAAAGUCAUUUCUAUCAAAGAUGACAGUUCGAAAGUAGUCUUGGUAUAUGGGCAAAUGAAUGAACCACCUGGGGCACGGUCGCGUGUUGUAUUAACUGGUCUUACAAUAGCAGAGUACUUCCGUGACAUAGAUGGACAAGAUGUGUUACUAUUCAUUGAUAAUAUCUUCCGUUUUACACAGGCGGGUGCUGAAAUUUCAGCACUACUGGGACGUAUACCAUCUGCUGUUGGGUAUCAACCUACGUUAGGUACAGAUAUGGGUGCAAUGCAGGAGCGAAUCACUAGCACCAAAAAUGGUUCCAUAACUUCCGUUCAAGCUGUUUAUGUGCCUGCUGAUGAUCUCACUGACCCAGCACCCGCUGCUACCUUCGCACAUUUGGAUGCCACCACAGUAUUGUCGCGUGCUACUGCCGAGUUAGGAAUUUAUCCAGCGGUGGAUCCCUUGGAUUCAACAUCACGUAUAAUGGAUCCAACCAUUGUGGGUGAAGAACACUAUAAUGUAGCUAGGGGCGUACAAAAGACGCUACAAUCGUAUAAAUCACUGCAGGAUAUAAUUGCUAUUCUUGGAAUGGACGAGCUCUCCGAAGAUGACAGAUUGAUUGUGGCACGCGCUCGUAAGAUUCAACGUUUCCUCUCACAACCUUUUCAAGUGGCGGAAGUAUUUACUGGACAUCCUGGAAAAAUGGUAUCCGUUGACAAGACUGUGGAGGGUUUCAAACGCCUUCUUGACGGAGAAAUGGAUGACUUGCCGGAGAUUGCUUUUUAUAUGGUCGGUGAUAUAAAUGAUGCUAUCGAAAAGGCCAGAAAUUUGGCAAUAGCAAUGUCCGUGGAAAAAUAAAAAUAUGUUCUUGUUUCUUUUUAUUCUUCAAUGCAUAACAGUCUGUAUAUGCACAUGUGA